UAAGAGGGUCGUCCGCUCCUCCACAGCUCCAUCCCUUUAUCUGGGCGGAGAGAGAGAGAGAAGGGGAGAGAUAGUGACCAGCCUCGGUUCUUCCUCUCACCCACAAUCCUCUCUGUGGAGGAGCCGGUCAGUCACUGCGGAGAAACCACAAAGGGAAGACGGGGAUUCCUCUAAAACCGUUGGAGGAGGAAGCUGGAUCGGAACCGGUGAAUGUUUAGCACGUUUGGGACUUCCGGUUGGUCCUGUUGCGCCGCGCGCGCCCGUUCCCGCUGGACGUCUCCCCCUUUUGUCAACUUCUGCCGCCUCCAGCGAGUAGCGGCCGCCGUUUCGCCGUUAUCGGGUGGUACCAAACGGAAUGAAUGACAAAAACAAAGGAGGUUGAUGUCCAGAACUCUCCGACCCACCUCGCCUUCGCCUCGCCAAAGGAACGGAGACUCCAUCUCCGGCAGAAGAUGGACAGCGGAGGCGGGACGGAGAGCGACCGCCCCGACACCGCCGGGCUCCCGGCUGCGGCGCCCGUCCCGCCCCCGGGCGAGAAGAAAAAGAUCCACCGGGCUCCGUCCCCCGCCAGACCGAAGGACGUGCCGGGCUGGUCGUUCACCAAGAUCCGCGGGGGCAUCGGGACCCCGACCCUCAGCGUGAAGCCCGGAGCCAUCCACUUGGGCAGCCGCAUUUCCAGGCGCAGUCCGGUGGGGAGUCUCGGUGCAAAGGACGGGAAGGCUGGCGGCAAAACAGCCGGUAAAUCCUCCGGCGGGGCGUCCAAGGCUGCCAAAAGCAGCGGGGGGCGGAGGAAGGUGUCGGACGCCAGCACAGGGUCCGACGAUUUAUCCAAGGACUCUGGAUGCGCGCCCGGGAAGCUGUCCCCGACCGACAGCAGCUCCGAGCUCUCGGACUGCGCCUCGGAGGAGAACAAGCUCUCCGCGGACGCCAUGAGCAGCGACGCCGAGUCCCGGAGCAGCCGGGGCGAGAAGCCGGCCCGGGAUGGCUGGCUGGCGGAUGCAGCCAAUCAGCGAGCGAGCGCCAGGUCCAGCACAGAGAGGGACAAGGACCGACUGUCCAUGGGCACGGAGGCCGCGGAGGGGAGCGCAUCCCCCGGCGAGGAGCGCUCGGUCACCUCGGUGGACAGCAGGGUUCCAGCCAGCACCUCCUUGGCCUUCUCAGACCUGACGGAGGAGUUCAUGGACAGCAUGCAGGAGGAGUUCAUCAGGGAAAUAGAGGAGCUCAGGUCUGAGAACGAUUACCUCAAAGACGAGAUGGAGGGACUGAGGUCUGAGAUGCUGGAGAUGAGGGACAUGUACAUGGAGGAAGAUGUUUACCAGCUGCAGGAGCUUCGGCAGCAGCUAGAGCAGGCAAACAAGACCUGCCGAAUCCUGCAGUACCGCCUGCGAAAAGUAGAGCGGCGCUCUCUCAGAGUGGCCCAAACAGGCCAGGUGGACGGAGAACUGAUAAGGACGCUGGAACAAGACGUCAAAGUGGCCAAAGACGUGUCCAUCCGUCUCCACACCCAGCUGGACAGUGUGGAGAAGAAGAGGAGUCGCCUGGAUCAGGAGAACGAGGAGCUGAGAGUCCGGCUGCAGGAGCUGGAGGUGGCCAAACAGGUUCUGCAGCAGGAGGUGGACAAGUUGCAGAACUCCCAGAAAAAAAGAGGAGCGCGACCCAACAACAAACCCGACAAGAAGCCGGCGCCACAGGAGGACAGCUCGGACCUGAAGUGUCAGCUCCACUUUGCCAAAGAGGAAUCCGCUCUGAUGUGCAAGAAACUGACCAAGCUGGUGAAAGACAGCGAGGCCAUGAAGGAGGAGCUCGCCAAGUACCGCUCGCUGCACGGAGACAUCAACGCCCCGCUGACUGUGGAGGAGGUCGCUGACUCCCCCCACACUCGGGAGGCGGAGGUCAGAGUGCAUCUGAAGCUGGUGGAGGAAGAGGCUAACCUGUUGAGUCGGCGCAUCGUGGAGCUGGAGGUGGAGAACAGGGGGCUCCGAGCUGAGAUGGAGGACAUGAAGAGUCCACAAGAUGCACUUCAUGAGCUCGCUGGAGCCGGAGGCGGCCUGGGGUCCGGGCUCGGUCUGGCUGGAGGCGCCAUGGUGCUUGGAGGAGGCGCUUCAUCCGAAAACGUCAUGGAGCUCCAGAGACACCUCCAGUUUGUGGAGGAGGAGGCGGAGCUUCUGAGGAGGUCCCUGAUGGAGAUGGAGGAGCAGAACAAGCUCUUGAUGAACGAAAUCAAUCGCUACAAGUCGGAGCUCCCGCCGAUGGCGGGCUCGCUGACCCCCGGUUCUCUGAUGUCGCUGACGGAGGGGCUGCUCGACAGUCCCGUGCACUCCAUUCAGGAAGGGGCGGUACUCAUCAGCACCGAAACCCCGACACACGAGGAGGAGCUGCGAUUAGCCAGACUUCAGAUUGGAGAACUGAGUGGGAAAGUGAAGAAGCUGCAGUACGAGAACCGCGUGCUGCUGUCCAACCUGCAGCGCUUCGAUCUGGCCUCUUACCACGGCCCCUCGUCCUCCUGCUCCUCCUCGCUGAGACUGGCUCUGGAGACGGAUGCUGAAGCUGGAGACUCCGCUGAGUGUCUCCCCUCUAGUCCAACGCUGCGCAAAGAGCCUGUAGGAGGGGAGAAAGACACCAUGGAGAUGGAGGAGCAGAGAAAAAGGAUGGAGGACAACGCUGACGCCACACCUCACUUCCCUGGUUACCUGAGCCAGAAGAACCACAGCGCCCUGUUGGCCAUGAGGGACCAGGCUCGCUUGGUUUCCACGGCGAUCCAGCUUCUGACCUCCCCUGAGUCCAACUGCCUCUCAUCCUCGCCGUCCAUCUAUCGCAAGGUCUGCAGCAAUGAUGCAGCCGAGCCGUGUGAGCUGGAGAAACCCCAGCCUCCCAGCCAGAUCGCAGAGCUGUCAGAUCUGGCAGACCGGCCUCUGGUCGGCGCUCUGACCAGCCGGCUUCAGGCCCUGCAGAGCCAGCUUCAAGCUUUUGUGGAGCAGGUGGACAGCCAGAGCAGACCCGCAUCCGAUACGAGGGAUCCUCAAGUGGAAGGAGCGCCCCCUCCGGCCUCGCCCCGCCCCUCUGUGCCCUGUUCUGAGGAUACUCAAGAUAACAGAGCGGAGGAGAAGCAGCCUGAUUGUAGGGACCAGCCAGAGCCAGACGAGGGAGGCGAGGACGAGGAGAGCAGCCGACCCGUCAACAAGUCAGAGAAUCAGGAGAGCAGCCGGAUGGAACCGGAAGACAAGGAGACGGAUGGUGCUGCGUGGGUCCGCUCUGAUGACGUCCCAGACGAGCCAUCUGAAGCCGAGGAAUCCAGUUCUAGAACUCCAGGGAAGCCGGAGAAAGACAGAAAAGAUCACAAAGAAAUGGCUCUAAAACUCUCAAAGCUUCACGAGGAGCAGCAGAAGUCGCUCCUCCGGCGAGACUUCCAGCUGCAGAGUUUGGGCCUUCAGGCUCGAAUCCAGCAGAAGUUGUGGAACCAGGAGAGGACUUUGCUGGUCCAAGAGUCGCAGCACCUGAAGCAGGCCCUGCUGCUGCUCAGCCUCAAACUACGCUGCUUCCUCAAACAGUGGAGGCUGGGCUUGCAAAAGGACGCCGAGUGGAAGGAUGUGCUGGAGAUGAACAGCCUGAAGGACUUGUAUCUGCUGCUGCAGGAGGACAACCUGCCCAGCCCAACCCACAACACAGACAAGAGAAGCUUUGCAGACGAACAGCCUUUCAGCCCGACUUUAAAUUCGAGUGCCGUCAGCAGCACUUUGGCGGACCUCCGGGUUGCCCUGCAGGAUCUGAGCGGAGAGCUGCGUCAGGAGAGACAAGGCUCCCAGGAGCUCACGCAGCAGUUUGCAAAGGCCAAGGCAUCAUGGGAAGUGGAGAGGACGGAGCUGAAGAGCGUCAUAACACAGUUUGAGGCUAAAUCUGGCAAAGCCACCGUAGCUCUUUCUCCAAGUGAAACGCUGGAUGCCUCAGACCUGAAGGUGGCGCUAAAGAAGGAGCGUGAGGAACACCAACACCUCCUGGCGGAGUCCUACGCUGCUGUGAUGGACCUAACCAAACAGCUUCAGAUCGGAGAGAGAAACUGGGGCAGGGAGAAGCUGGAGCUGCUGGAGAGGUUCAGUCGGGAGCGAGCUCAGUGGGAGCAGAGAGUGAGGGAGGCCACGGCGCCGCAGGAGAAGUCACAGCCCCCUGGUGAUGACUCCACCGUGGACUUAAUUACUGCUAACGGAGUCGCAUCAAAGAGGUCAUCUCUGGAGCAAGAAGGUCAAGAAGGAACCAGAACUCAGGAGAAGUUUGCUCUCCCGCUCAGUUUAACUCGCCCUCAGCUUGGUGGCACCACUGAGAAGCACUGGACCUACCAGAACCGUGAGAUGCUGGAUGUCACAGAACCGUGUAAAACCUGGGACGGGCCGAGUGGCUCCAGCAGCAGCUCUCAGGUGGAUCUGGAGUUUGUGCAGAGGAGCUACACGGCUCCAGUCAGCAGCGGGAUCAGGAUCUACUACAGUCCUCCUGCCGUGAGGCGCCUGGAGCUCCGGCAGUCACACCAGGAGGCUCGGCAAAACGGGACCUCCUCGCUGGGGGAAAUCAAGAAAGAUGCCAGCGUAGCUUCAGCAGACACGCUGGACGGUCGCCCCCAGCAACCUGCGUCCUUCUUCUCUUCCUACGAGCAGUGGCUGAGCUCGCUGUCCAGCCAGCACAGGGAGCUGCUGGAGAGCAGGAGCAGCUGCAUUUCCAGCUCCUUGCCGAGCGUCAUCAACAACAGUGUCGGCAGUGGGUCACCUAGCAGAGUGGUUGAUGGGAUGAUGUCGUCCUCUGCUUUCCACGAUCUGGACAUCUCAGCCAAUUUAAGCGACGACAUGAAGGAGAUGACCAACUGUGUUCGUCAGGCCAUUCGCUCUUCAUCUCUCGAGAGGAAAUCCAGCAAGGAACCCGGCAGUCCGCCGGUCAGCGUGUGCUCCAGAUCCACUCAGACCGCAGCUCAGAACGUCAGCGUCGGCCUUCAAACCGACAUCCUCGCCAGCAGCAGGACGGCAGGGCUGCACUCCAAGUCCUGGUCUCCUCGUGCAUCCACCACCACCUCCUCGCUGGCGUCGGCCCGAACGCGACAGAUCUCCACGUCUCUGGAUAAAGUCCACAGCCGUAUUGAGAGGCCGUGCUGCUCACCCAAGUAUGGAUCUCCAAAAUUACAGCGCAGAGUUUCUUCAGGCUCCACCUCGAGAUUGGACUCUAGCCGGGACAGAAGUCUGUGGAGCCUCCAGCAGAGACCUAUCGGUGGAGGGGGAGGGGGCUCGGCCUGGGCUCGCUCCACCACCACCAGAGACAGCCCCGUCCUGAGCGGGCUCACCGACGGACUCUCCAGCCUCUUCAGUGUGGUGGAGCACUCGGGAAGCACGGAGUCACUCUGGAGGGGGGAGAUCGGUUCCGGUCCGACGGCCAGUCCAGCCCGACAGCUUCCCGCUGCAGGGAAACCCUCCGGAGGCGGCACUGUUGGGUCAGAGCCCAGCUCCCAGCGGUACGGAGGACUGGUCCAGGAGUUCUUCAGGAGCUCAGGAGGACUCCCCCUCCCUGGAGAGAAAGUUCAGAGGGAUUCCCUGGGGGGGUUUGAAGAGUCCAAGCUGGAGUGCCCGUUGGUGGGUUCUGGUGGACUGGGCUCUGUGGCUGCAUUGGCAGGAAGCAACGACAGCGUGACGAGGAUCGUCAACAAGAGGUUCAUGAGACAGACAGCUGGGGAGGAGAUGGUCAGCAUCAUGGGAGGGGGGAAGGAAGGGAUGAGCGGCGCCGUGGCUGCAGCACAUGGACUUGAGGAAUCCCUGUGUGACUGCGCUGCCCGACCAUCAAGAGCUUCUGGUCGCCUCUGCAAGCAUCGACCUCCAGAGUCCCCGUCCACAGCAGAGGACAAGGGGGACGGCUCCCAUGAGUGACGGCGCUCCUGCCGCACCGCCUUCACACACGCUUUCACAUCCACGUGCACUGCCAAACACUGAGAGAGAGAGAGAGCACACUGCACUGUCCUACAAACACACUGCCACCUGCAGACCGUCAUGAGCACAGACACAGUCACUGCUGUUCCACUGAUGCCAAGAACACCAACAAACUACCAGCAUCCACUCCUAACCUAAUGAUGUCAGAACCAGACCUACAAAAGCCCCAUUUCCUCCUGAAGCGGUACAGCCCAGCCAGUGAGGCCAAGUGGGCCCCAUAUGGGUUAAAAGUACACAGACAAUGUGGGACCCACCUGUGUUUGACCACAUUGCCUUAAGUGGGCACUCAGGGGGUAUGCUUGCUACGCUAACUAGUCGCCCAACGGACAGCAGAGCUUGCAAGCUCAAUGUAGCAGAGCCUGCUAGCUUGCUACAGAAGAACUUGCUAGCUCAAUACAGCGGAGCUUGCUAGCUCACUGUAGAUUAGCUUGCUAGAAUUCUACAGUGGAGCUCAAUAGCUCAAUACAGAGGAGCUUGCUAGCUUGCUACUGCAGAGCUUACUAGCUCAAUACAGUGGAGCUCACUAACUCGAUACAGCAGAGCUUGCUAGCUUGCUACAA